CCUACGAUGGAGGUUCACGAAGGUUCGACUGGGCAUCCACGAUGGCACAGUCAGCUGCCUAAGGUCCGGUUGGCCAGUCGCAGCCAGCGAGCUUUCUCCACAAGGUAGACGCGCAUAACAACAAGACAUCACCAUGGCGGAUGACGAGGAAAAGAAGAGGAAACAGGCGGAGACCGAGAGGAAGAGGGCGGAGGUCCGCGCCCGCCUCGAAGAGGCUUCCAAAGCCAAGAAGGCGAAGAAGGGUUUCAUGACCCCCGACAGGAAGAAGAAGCUUAGGUUGCUGCUGCGUAAGAAAGCCGCCGAGGAAUUGAAGAAGGAGCAGGAAAGAAAAGCGGCCGAGAGGAGGCGUAUAAUUGAAGAACGCUGUGGAAAACCGAAGAUUAUCGACGAUGCCAACGAAGUGGAGUUGAAGAAGAUUUGCCAAAUGUAUUACGACCGCGUCUACCUUUGUGAGGGUCAGAAGUGGGAUUUGGAGCGUGAAGUUCGGAAAAGGGAUUACGAGAUCGCGGAGUUGAACAGCCAGGUCAACGAUCUGCGAGGUAAAUUCAUGAAGCCAACCCUGAAGAAAGUGUCUAAAUACGAGAACAAGUUCGCCAAGCUCCAGAAGAAAGCCGCCGAAUUUAAUUUCCGUAACCAGUUGAAGCAAGUCAAGAAGAAGGAAUUCACCUUGGAGGAGGAGGACAAGGAGAAGAAACCCGACUGGUCGAAGAAGGGCGAGGAAAAGAAGGUAAAGGAGGAAGACGCGGCGCCACCGACACCGGUGGAGGAAGAGGGCGAACAAGCCGAAGCACCUGCGGCGGAACCACCGCCACCGGAACCGACACCGACCCCAGAACCGGCGCCAGCUCCUGCUCCAGCUCCUCCAGUUCCAGCUCCUGUACCUCCACCAGCGGAACCCGCACCAGCGUCGACGCCGGUUAUCUUACCGGCACCUCCAGUGGAGGGUGCUCCAGCAGCUGUCCCAACAGCCGACGGUGCCCCGCCGGCGGAAGGAGUUACGCCAGCCCCCGCUGAAGGCGCACCUGCAACAGCUCCUGCGGAAGGUGCUCCACCACCUACAGAAGGAGCUGCGCCACCAGCAGAAGGAGUUGCACCACCAGCGGAAGGAGCUGCACCUCCGGCAGAAGGAGCCACACCAGCGGAAGGAACAGCUCCGCCAGCGGAGGGUGCACCUGCUGAAGGAGCACCUCCAGCCGAAGGUUCAGCACCCACUGUCACUCCCGUCGAGGGUGCACCUGCCGAAGGAGCAUCCGCUGCACCUCCAGCCGAAGGCAUGACACCAGCAGCUUCAACGGAAGGAGCUCCUGUGGCACCUCCUCCGUCGGAAGGAGCUGCUCCUCCCGUAGCUCCAGCAGAAGGUGGACCAGCUGCACCAGCUGAAGGAGCCGCAUCUGCAGUUACACCCGCAGACGCGAUACCUGCAGCUCCAGCGGAAGCAACACCCGCGCCUCCCGAAACUAAUCUAGUUUUGAUAUUGCGAGUUUCAAUCCGCAUCCGAGGCAGUCCCGCGCUAAAGAGCGCGAAAUACAUCAUGAACGCGCCCGCAUCGUAACUGGAAGUGAGGACGAGGGGGGUCAUCAUGCGCCGUACACUCCCCUCCUCGUCGACGUCAAACUUUGCGGGACGUCCAUACACGGCCAACGGAGUGAAGAUACGGAUAUAUGUGGAACCGCGCCAUACUCGACACUGCGGCUCGUGCUUUUCUUGCCGUCAUCAUCAUUAUCAUUACCAUUAUCGCCCAGCGUCGUCGCCCGUCAUCUCCAUCGCCGUCGCCGCCGUUGCCGUUGCCGUUGCCGUUACCGUCGCCCGUCGUCGCCCGUCACCGCCAUCGCUCACGUCUUGCAUAUUCAUCACUCAUGCAUCACGAAAACUCGCACGUGCCGCGCGAGGUUCAAAGGGGGAAGGGAAAAAGAAAGGACGAGAAAACAAGAAGAAAAAGAGAGAAAUGUAUGCACGAGAAAGGGUCGCGUGUCACGGACACGAUAUGUCUUGCGGUCGAGAAACGUCGUCCGCUCGACGUGGAGCCCAUAUUUUCGCCCCGUAUCCGAGUUAUGAGAAACAGAAAUCUGCGCGUCAUUAGGGUGCGAGGAGAGAACGGGGGGAGGGGAGGUUGGAGGGGGAGGAUUGCUGCUAUUAUUCGGCGGAUUACCAAUCGAGAUUAUGUCGAGCGUUAUAUUUCGAGCCACACGUUUCGCCACGAUUUCCCUCGAGCGUCCGACAACUUUUCCGAUAUGCGGCUCAAUCAAACGUUCGCGGCUACCAACGUUGCGACGACGGUAUAACAAGUAACUAACUUCGCGUUGGAAUUCUGUAAAUAAUCCACGGCACGUCUCACGUCGCAGUCCUCUUUACGCACAGACACGGACACCGAAAACAGGACAGCUUCUGUAUGACAAGAAAUUGGAUUUCGUAAUAAAAAACUUUUCUUCGA